UACAAAGGGCCUGGACAUUCCAACAAUAGCCAGCCAUUAGUCUUGUCCCCUCCCCGAUUCCUUACGUUUUAGCGGUUUCCUUUCCGCCAGCUCUGGAGCAGAAGGAGGUGCAUCCUGGGAGAAAACUAAACGUUCUGGAGAAGGGAGAGAGGGAAAAAAAAAUCAGAAAGUCAAGUUGCCUGGAUAGCCAGAUCUUUGCCACUUCUAACUGCCGGAUUUUUUAGUGCAUCCGUCGGCCUACCACUCGACUUCACACAGCACAACUCUGCAGCGAGAGGCCCGCAACUCCCAACGGCAGCCCCGCUAGCGCGAGCACCUCAACUCCCAACGGCCGCCCCGCUGGCGCGCGGCAUGUGACGACCAACCCAGCCCCCACGAGCGCGGCGCACUCGGGGUAAAAAAAACCAUGGACAGGAAUUACCCGGCCCCCAACUUCAGCGACCCGCUGGCGCCCGGCGGACAAACGUGGCCGUACGAGCGGGCGGGCAGUGGCGUCAAGUCCAGUUUGAGCUAUGGAGCCGCACAUCCAGAAACUGACCUCCUUCAUAGACCAGCUUAUGCAGCAUCUCACCAAUUGCCUGGCUACACCACUACACAUCAUCCCACAGGGCUAUCCAGUUUAUUUGAUGCAACCAUGCAACAUUCUGGCAGUAGUGCAUCUGAAACCUCAGUUAUGAACUUCCUUUCAGCUAUUGAAUCACGCACCCCGCCAGCUGGGCCUGCUGCAGCCUCCCUGCUACCCCAGUUCAGAGCUCCUUCAUGGCAGACAGGUAUGCACUCUUCAACACCUUCAGAGCUGUUCGUCACUGGAGCGCUACAAGCUUCUGGAACAUUCCCACCGUCAGCUCUUGCAGCGUACCAGCAUCCUCCUUCCUUUAGUAGUCGAAGUUUUACUGGUGCACAGCCCUUGACACUACAAGAUGCACCUUUCAGUCCUACCACAAAUGGACUUCUAACUCCUCAUGAUCCCUUGCUUCAAAUCAAGUCUUCUCAAGCAGUUGUUCCUUCUCCAUUGACUUUUGACAGAAUUGGUAGUACUGUUUUAAGUACAAGCAUACCCCCAUCUUCAACAUACCGCUCUGCUCAAGAAUCUGCUCCUCAUCACCUACAACCGCAAUUUAGUUUGUUGCCUUCAGCACUUGGACCAACACAACAAGCCUCUCAAGCAUAUGGCACAUCAGUUUUUUCUAGCUCAACUGCCUCCAUUGAAAGGGCACUUCAAAGAGAAUGUAGCGUUAUUAAGCAUCACCAGCGGCCUUCCAGCUCCCAUUCAGUACAGGUGCAAUUACCAAGUUCUCACCAUUCCUUACAAGGCUAUCUUACUAGUGGGAAUGAAGUUGAUUUUCAGGGAACUUCACGGCAUGCAGGUUUGACAUGUAGUCCACUUGGAGACCAGUCUCAGGUGAGCAAUGGUGGAACACAGCAGAAGAACUCUGCAGUAACGGUUGAACAGUCACAGAACUAUUCAUCCACUGUUCAGUCUCUUGAUUAUUCUUCAAAGACUAAAACCUGUUCUUCAAGAUCGGCUCAGCGUUCUACAAAAAGUGCAAAAUCUCAAAGUGCAACAGCUACCGGGCAAACACAGAGUUACUCUACACCUACACAAAAGCCAAGUUCAGUAAUAUCAAGCCAGUCGCAAGUGUACUCUUCUGGACAAGCGUCAAAUCUAAUAAUGUCAAUUAGUCAAUCCCAGAACUAUACUUCAACACAGUCUCAGAGCCUGCCUGCUGUCAGUCACUCAGAGGUGUAUUCUUCCAGUCAGUCUGAGAAGCUCUCUACUUUAAGCAAGUCGCCAGCUUCUUAUUCUAGCCAGUCACAAAACCUAACAUCAGUUAGUCAAGCACUCAGUUACUCUUCUGACCAGCCACAGGUAUUGCCUUCAGUUAGCCUCACUGAUAACUAUUCCGGUCAACCACAAAAUUUGCCUUCUAUUAGCCAGGCACACAACUAUCCUUCUGGUCAUUCUCAGGGUUUACCUGCUGUGAGUCAAUCACAAAGCAGCUAUUCUGCACAGUCACAGGGCUUAUCCACUGUUAGUUUUUCGCAAAAUUAUACUUCUGGACAAUCUCUCGCUUUGACAUCACAAACCCAAUCAUUACCAUUUUCUUCAUCUGCUCGAGCUCAGAAUUUAUCUUCUUCAAGUCCUACUCAGAACUUUAUCUCUAUGCAUUCUUCGCCAACCAGUCAACCACAAAGUGUUCAUUCACCCCAGUCUCAGAAGUUCUUGCCGGGAGUACAUUCACCUACUUACACUUCAUCGUCUCAUUCACAGACCAUGAAGAGCACUCAAUCAUCCACAGACAGAAAGCAGUCUUACAUUAAGAGGAAGUCUGAUUCAGAAUUGUUUGUCCCAUCUAAGGAAGGUGAUGAAAGUUUCCCUAUUCAAGAUUUGUUACAGCAGCAGCAGCCUUCUCUUGACGCAUCUAGUCCAGGUUUAACAGAAAGUGGAAUUGGUGAGGAGAAUGCAGUUUAUGCUGUCUCAAAAGCAGAUGACCGAUACCUAUCUCAGAGUGUCAUCAGAAGUAAUUCGCGCCUAGAAGACCAAGUUGUUGGUCUCACUCUUCAGGGAUCAAAGACAGAUGAAAGAAAACAUGAACACUUAAAGCAAUUUAAUGUGACCCAACCCAUUGAAGCAAUGGUAACUCAUCAGGGUCAGUCAGUUGGCAGUGACAACAAUAUGAAAAUGCAUGACAUGAAAAAGAUAGCUAAUUCAGCACAGUCAUCACAUAUUAUUAUGAGUUCUGAAGAAUUGAAACAGCCUCAUUCUCUUUUACAUAAAGCACAAGAGGCUGGACCACAAGCUCAUCAAGCGCAAGUAAUUAAUUCUUCUCAACAUUUGCAAACACACACUGUAUGUCAGAGUCCACGGCUACAACUUUCUGGUGCACAGGUACUCCUAGAUACGUCACGUGAAAUGCCAUUGUCUUUAAUACAGCCAUCAGGAGCACAGCAACCCCAGUUACUACAGUCAGGCCUAGGUCAAUCCCAAGCAUCAGUACAGUCACAGCAAAUACAGGCUCAAUCUCGGGCAUCACAUCAGUCGCAGUUUCUUCAACUUGAGAGACAUAUUGCCCCAACCAAUACACCACCAGCUCAGCAGCUCCUCCAACAGAACUCUGAAGCAAUGAAGCUGAAUGGUACUGAACCUUCAAAACCAUUACAGUUAACAACAAAAGAUCAUUUUGACCCACCACACAGGCAAGAUUCAAAAUCUCAGUUUGUUGGUCUUAGUUCUGUUUGUUUUUCAGAAUCUAUGUUGCUUGGUGUUGAGAGAAAUCUCUUCUCUGGUGUUGAAGAUGUUUUUUCAGCCAGUGAAGAAUUUGCUAAGUCUGCUUGCAAUGAAUCCAGCAUUCAGUCAGUCGAAUGUGCUGAUGGUUCAAAAUCUACAUUUCAGGCUGCAAGUGUAAGGCAUGUUUCGCCAAAUUUUCACACUUCACAAACUGUACUGCCAGACCAACAGAAUUUGCAAAAUUUGACAUUAAGCAAUAGUCAAAUUAAUUUGGAUCUAGAGGCAGUACCAUUAGAUAGUUCAGCUCAGUCUAAAACUUCAAGCCUUGAUCAACAAACCCUUCGAACUUCAGACCAGCACGUACAGGCUCGGCUUUCUGCAACAAGUAUGAAUUCUAUUCAGGAUUCCAGUGAUCAGAAUAUUGAAGGUCUUAAGAAACAAUUAGGUAAUAAUCCAGAAUCUGAAGAAGAGGAUAAUGAUGACAUUCCUGAUGAUGGUGCCAUAAAUAAUGCUAAGGACCCAGACUUCAUUCCUAGUGGUAGAAGUAACACAGAUGAAAGUGCUGUGUCAGAUAUUGAUUACAGUGUGGGUGAUGAAAUUACGCAAGGAUCUGGUAACAAACGAAAAUUAAAGAGACCAGCAAAGCCUAAAUUGAAAGUGGGAGUACAAGUUGAUGGAUGGUCUCACAGUUUGCCUGAAGGAGGAAAUCUAGAUUUGGUUCCAGAUGGAAAUCAAAAGAAACAAAGAACAAAAGUACGCUCAAAAGAAACUGUAGAUGAUGAACUUUGUAGCCAGAAACCAGUGAAACGAAGUGGGCUAUGUAAACGCCUGAAUUCCAAAGAUGCAAACUCACCUCAUACAUCAAAUGAUAGUUACUAUGAAUGUUACUACCAGCAAGAAAGGAUAAAUCAAAAGAUUAGAGAAGUUGAGGAAAAGCAACCAGAAGUGAAAAGUGGUUUCAUUGCUUCCUUUUUAGACUUUCUUAAAUCAGGACCUAAGCAGCAGUUUCCUGCACCUUCUAUACGCAUGGCACAUCGCAAUCGACGUCCAUCUGCCAAUACCAUUCAUACCCCCCUUCUGCAAGUUUCCACACACCAGUCAAUGCCAACUGCCUUAAUAUCUGCUGAAAGUAAUUCUGCUAGUCCUUGCAAAAAGAUAGAUGAGGACCUGAAGAAAAACCUGGAAACGUUACCUGCAUUUUCCUCAGAUGAGGAAGAUUCUGUUGGGAGGAACCAGGAUCUUCAGAAGAGUAUUUCCUCAGCACUUUCUGUCUUGGAUGAUCCUUCUAAUAAAAAAGAAAAAUUGAACACAAAUGAGUUCAUCACUAAUGGAGAGAAGGAUUCCAACCCUUCUAUUCCUGCUGUUAUACAGCAGGAAAAUGUUGCAAAUCCUUCUUCCCCUUUAAAAGAGGAAGUACAGGAGCCAACUGUAGCUGUAGAAUCUCCCAAGCCAAAUGAACAAGAUGACCUGAAUCCUACAGAACGAGCUGCCAAACAAGAAUUACUUGCUGUAGAAGGUUCAACAGAUGAAGAUGAUAUAGAAAGUGGAGGAGAGGGCAUGUACAGGGAGCGAGAUGAAUUUGUUGUAAAGAUAGAGGACAUUAAUGCCCUUAAGGUGGCCUUACAAACAGGUAGAGAACCUCCUGCUAUAUGGAAAGUACAGAAAGCUUUGUUGCAAAAAUUUAUGCCUGAAGUAAAGGAUGGACGGAGACAAUUCUCUGCAACCAAUAGCUAUCUUGGAUAUUUUGGAGAUGCAAAAACCAAAUAUAAACGGGUCUACGUGAAAUUUAUUGAAAAUGUAAACAAGAAGGAUUAUGUUAGAGUUUGUUCCAAAAAGCCACAAAACAGGCCAUUGCAAACUUUAAGACAUAACCAGUCAAGAAUGGGUUCUAGUAAUAAAGUGUCUGUCAGCAAUUCUGCAGCAUCGAAAGGCUCAACAGCAAAAUCUAAAGUUAGGCCAGUCAAACAAGUAAAGUUAAAGGCUGAACCACCACCGAAGAAACGAAAGAAAUGGCUGAAGGAGGAGUAUUCAUCUCAUUCAGACUCUUCUCUUGAAACUCGGAGUGAUGAUGAAGAUGAUAGUCGAUUCCUUUUGAAAGUCAGUACACAGGGAAGAAUGAACAAAAUCCUUCAACAAAAAUCAGAACGCCCUUUAACAACGCCAUAUGUAGCUCGCUUCCUGAAUACCAGAACAAUGAAAGAGACAUUUAAAAACUAUGUGGAACUACUCGUGAGUACAGCCUUGGAUCCAGACAUGAUUGAAGCGUCAGAACAAAGUAACGACGAAAUGUAUUUGCCACACAUGAGGAAAAUUGAUAGCAUGCUGAAUGAGAACAAGAAAAGAAUGAUUUCCAAGUUCCCACUGGAGCCAGCACUCAAGACUUCAAUGGACAGUUUUCCUGAACUAACUACAUGUGUCUCAGGAGCAAAAAGUAGCAAUCCAAAUGUGCCCAAAAUUAAAUUGAGUGGUAAAAGUUACAACAAAAAGACUCUCCAGCCAUUAAAACAAAAUGUCAAGGGCCAAAAGGAAUUCACUGUUGAUCAAGAAAAAUUACAGUGCUGUACUUUAUAUCACACACUUCAUCACUAUAAGUAUCACACCUAUCUGGUAUGCAAGAAAGAGGCUGCUUCAAUUCUAAAACGGAAUAAAGAUCUUGGCCAAGUUGAAACAAUCCAGCAGUGUAUGGAAAAUGAGCAAUGGGUGGAAGACCUCUUUGAAAAGUUUGGUGAUCUUCUGACACAAGCACAGCAGAAGUGUUUAUAAUGUACGUUAUGAGAUUUUACUACAGUCGUAUCUGAGGCGCUAACAUAACAUCAUGGAGACAUUGAAAUGAACUUUGGCAUCCCCAGUGGUGCUAGGCUAGGCCCUGAAUAGUGGCAAUAGUGGCCUGGACUAUAUGGACCUGGUAUGUCGACCUAUAGCUACACGGACACGGUUGUCAAGAAAAUACAUUUUGGCAUUGGGAGUUUAUUAAUUAUUGUGUCUAACCACAUUUUUAUGAUGGCCAUUGUUUUUGGUUUAUUUGUAUUCUGUGAUCCUGAGGUAUUAAGUAACAUCUAUUUCAAAAAAAUGAAACAAUUUUUAAUAAAACUUUUGUGACUGAUCAAAAUGGCAAGGCAUGCACUAAGUAUAUUAUAAUUUUCGUUACUACCGUAGUUUAAACACUUUAGGAAACUGUUUAGUUCAGCAAGAAAUGCUUUAAAUUGAUUACCUGCCUCUUACUGACCUACAAGACAAUACAGAGGCCCCAUCUGUUGUCUAAUGUCUGCCUACCAAAUUUCCACACAAGUCGUAAAGAAAGUUGGUGCGUAUUGACAUUCUUUAAAGUUACCGUCAGCAAAUAGGUAAUUUUUGUUGCGUUACAGACUCCUUUUAUGUUCAGAAAUAUCAAGUUCAGGAGACUGAACGUGGAGUUGGUGCAAUUCAAUAACUUUGUGUCUGUUCUGAUGAUGCAAACAGGAUGAACACAUCUAUUUUCCCUGUUUUGAAGAAAAAAUUAUUUUGCCUUUAUACCCAUAUUUCUUUAAAAUAAAUUGUACAUUUUAUCUCAUCAAUAAUUGUAUUUUUCAGAGAAAAUAUUGUGGUUUGAAUUAAGGUCAUUUAUCUUUGUAAUACACUUUGAAUUGUUUUCAGUAAAUUUUCAUUUAUAUGUUGAUCACAUUGUAUACUUUAUAUACUGAGGUAAACUACUAUUUCUGUUUUCCUGUUAAUACAAGAUUGCUUCAGUGUGUACCAGAUAUGCAUAUUGGACUAGUUUUGCCUUUUAAGUGUAGCUGUGUUACACAUUGCAAUUAUUUUCUGAUACAUGAAAAUAAAUUUCAUACUAAAUCUAAAGCCAAAGAAGUUUAUAUUGCACCAGGAGAACUGUUUAACAACUCAGCAAUAUAGAUAGUACAUUUGUAAGUGUAGGUUAAUUCAAUAUGGUUUGACUGUUACUAUGGAUAAUAUUUUCUUGAAUAUUGUCACCCUGGUGGUUUAUCUUGCGCUCCGAUUGUUACUUGCCAUUCUCUGCAUCAUGUUUUACUCUACUGAAAUAACCCUUAAAAAUGUCUACAAUUCUAAAAUUCCUCUUCCCAUGUUUAUUGUGUCUUUGUGUUAUUAAUGUUACAUAUUGCUUCCAAAAUAUCUGAAAUAGUUCUCAAUAUUUUCAUCUACAUGUAAAAAAAAAAGUUACUGUUAGGAAUUCGACAGUUUUGCAUUUUGAGAUCCAGGCCGAACAUCAGAAGUUCCUGUUGAGUACAGCAGUAUUUAACACUGUUUUCAACAAUCACUUAAACUCUCAUCUAUGGAGGAGUGCAGCAGUGAGACUUUUUCUUUUCAAUUGACUCUUCAAUCAUUCUGAAUGAGAUUGAUUGCUUGUACUAUGGAAUAGUAUUUGACCUGGAAUAUAUAACUUGCACAGUGCCCAGAUUUAACAGCAACAUGUUUUAGAAACAGUAUUAUUGUGAUCUGUAACAAUCCAGAGUUCCUUUACAGGACUUCACAGAUAAAGUCUGACAAUAAGUGAGAUGCUGGGCAAGAUAACCAAAAGUUCAAGAUGUAGAUUUUGAGGGGCAAACACAUUAAAACUCCAAAGCAUAGAACUUAAAGUUGGAAGGGUGAAAGAAAUCAGGGGGUAUAAGAGGCCUGUAUAGGAAAAAUGGAGAAUUAUCAAAAGGUGUUUGAAUGGGAAGGAAUGAGGUCAUGUAUGACAAAAUUGAGCAUUGUUUGUAAAUUAGCAAGAAUAUGUUUAGGUCAACUGGAAUUUGCUACCCAUAUCCGAGUUCAUACUGUGAUGUACCUGAGUUCAAGGUUCCAGAGGGUGGCAUGCAAGCCAGGAGAAUUUGAGAUGGUUGAGUUAAAAGCAUAGACGAGAUUUUGGCAACCAAUUUGCUGAGGCAGGAGCGAAAGCUGUCAAUAUUUGACAGGUGAUGGAGAGGAUGUAGUCUCUGUUUUUGUCAGGUAAUUUUCUGAAUGUAUGUCCUAAGUAUUCAUGUAGACUUUCAAAAACAAAAAUGUCAAAUUUGUAUUUUCACCAUGUAUAGCACACAACUGGAUUUAGAAUGCUGCAAAGUGACUAAAGUGACCUUUCAGUGACUAAAAGUAGUGACUAAACUCAUCCGAGUUAAUGGAGAGACAAACUGAAAUAGACAGUGUAAAGCAGGUACAGGAGCAGGUGAACCUGGGUGUACAAGAGCAAGGAAUUUAUGUUGAACUUUAAGUAAGACACUAGAUUGACCUAUGCUCUAAUAUUGCAUAUAAUUCUACACACCUGAACCUUGAGCAGGAUGUGAGGCAUUGGAGAGGCAGUGCGAAAGAGUUUUGAGAGUGGUUCCAGGGAUGAGGAAUUUCAGCAGUGAUGUUAGAUUGAGAAGCAGGCAUGUUUCUCCUUGGAAAGUAUCAUGCUGAGAGGAGACCCGAUUCAAAAUCAUGAACAAUCUACGACAGUAUGAAUAAGGAAAAAGUAUUCCAACCUUUGAAAGAAGAGAGUACAAUAGAAGACCAGUUUUAAAUUAAUUAAUAAACAAGAAAGGCUGUGUGGAAAAAACAUUUUCAUGUAAUUUGGUUAAGAUCUGGAAUGCACUGUUUGAGAUUGUUGGAAGCAGGUUCAGAUGAGGCAUGGAAGAGGAUGCAAAGUUACAGAAAAAAGGCAAUAUCUGAGAUGCACAUUUGGAUAACUGACACAGACAUAAUGUUUCAUGUUCUCAUUCAGUGCAGUAACAGUUCUGAUAUUCUGAGAGUUAUUUACACUGAGUAUGCCUUUGGCUUUUUCUUGUUUUAGUUCUUUACUCCAAGAAUCCCAUUUGUCAAAAUGGUUGAUCUGUCUUUACCUCACCAGAAAGAAAUGUAUCUAAGCUUUCU